ACGGCAACCCCUCCCCUUUGUGUACAUCUCCCAUGAUGCCUCUGUAUCACCACAGCUGACUGAAUUUUUCUGGAGUGCUGCUCACGCUCGGGUAGCAUUUAACAUGUAAAAAGUACGGCUUUUUUUUUUUUUUUUUUUAUCUCAACUGCAGUCAUUCCGUAAACAAAUGGCUAGUAGUUAUUGGACUGUCAAGGGGGGGCUGAUGCUUUAACGAGAUGUGGGCUGCCAUUGAUUCCUGCAUAAACCGUACAUUUUAAACCCCCUCGUUUAGAGUUGCUAUGGAACCCCCACCGCCAGAUCAGUGUGAUGGUUUACAUCCUCAACAAGACCUUGCCCAAUGCAGUAUUCCUGUUGUUUAUGACCUGUCAAUAAAGCACAGAGACGGCCCACAUAAAAACAAUACAAUGGAAGCCCUGCAUGUGAGGAACAAACCAAACUGGUACAACAAGGGAGUCUUCCAGGAAAACAGCUCUGACCACUCAGCUCAUCAGAGUGAUCAAAUCCAGCCAGAUGAUGCCUUUUCAAAUACCACGGUCACACUGUCCUAUGUGAGUCGAUCUCAUAUGUUUUCUUCUCAUCAGUCUUUGUCACAUUCCUUGCAUGAGCAGCUUCCCCCUCUCUGUGUUCCAGCUGUCAACAAAAAACUGUCUCUCCAGUCUCCUCCUUAUGAGGGCAACACAUUGGUGUCUCCACAGAAUGAGAAAGAGGUGGAGCAUCAUGAAAAUCAUUCAGUACAAAAUACCAUUAAGCCAUCUGGGGGAGCUCAGUCGAACACACAGUCAAUUCACCAGAGAGAAAGUCCAGGACCAAAUGGAAAACAGGCUACAAGUCAGUUGAAUGUGACAGGACUUCACCUACAGCAUGCAGGUGCUAAUAGUGAGACCAUGUCCUUCCAUGACCGAAAUGAAGACAUUCACAUACAAAAUGGUACAGGUAACUGGUUAUUUAAAAGUAUGAAAAAGACAGCUUGGGCCCCUGGGGGCUUUAACAAAGAGAGUAAGUUAGCUGGAUCCCAGGUGCUUGUAGUGUGUUCAGGAACUGAAGAACUGGUGGACUUGAACAGUUCAAGUUGUAGCAACAAAUCUUUUAUUCCAACGAAUGGGGAAUGCAAUGGUCCUUUGCAUGAUGAUACAUUAACCCCCCCUGCUACCUCACAAGACAAAACUGGAGAUGUUAAAUAUGAUUUACAAGAAGCAGAUGCUAAUGCAAUGUCAGUUUGUGGUGCAACAUUGAAGCCUGGGGAACCCAGUGAAGCUCCUGCUGUUGCUGAAGCUACUACAGUAUGUGUUGAAGGGGGGGAUUCAGUUCAGGAGCACUGUGGCAAGCACAUUGACAUAAAAGAAGGAUGUGAUGUUAACAAAUCGAUUCAAGCAGCCACUGCAAAUAUGUUGGAUUAUUCCACAGAAAUGCCGAAACCUUCCAAUAGCCCUUCCCCAACAAGUACAGAAAGCGAUGCAAAGACGGACGUAACUCAGUGCAGUGAGUCAAAAGCUUCUGAUGUAUCUCUGCCAAAUUGUAAAGCAGGCCUAGGUGAAAAAACGAUUGAAAGGAAAAUUCUUCCUCCCCGUUCCAGAAGGGGAAUACGGUUAGAGGAAAUUGUGCAGUGUAUUACCCCAUCUAGAACCAGAGGUAAAUCUGCAGGCUCAAAAACGCAGGCCCUUGAGGCUAGUCGUCGGGAAGCCUUGGUAUCUUCAGAAGUAGAAGACUGCAUUGAGAAGUCAUCCAGUCCUGAAGAGGAUAGUUUAAAGGAUUCAGUUAUUUCUAAGGAAGAUUCAGAUAAAGUAGGUAAAGAAAGGUUAAAAAACAAAACAUCUACCUCCGAUGAGGUAACUAUUGAUGCAUCUACAUCUCUGCAAAGCAGUACAUCUCUAGAGGCAGUCAUCCAUAUGCCUAAAUGUUUAAAAGAAAAAACGUUUUGUGACAAAGAAGUAAUUUACCUAUCUCCACCAGAGAAGAAAAACCUUAGACCAGCAUCCACCCCCAAGUCGUGCCAGAAUAGUAGUGCAUCACCACAAAAAGGCUCGCCUGGCAACAAUAAAUAUGCAGAAACAAAGAAACCCAGUAUGAAAAGAAAGAGGAAAAAACACAAUGCUGGACUGUCCUCAAUGUUUUCUCCAAAAGAACCUGAAAUCAAAUUGAAGUACAUCAACUACAAAGAGGAGAAAAGGGACAGUAAAAUUGAUACGUUUUCACCUUACGUCAGAUUAGAAUUAAAAGAUUCAACGUACACCAUAAUCAACUACCCAGAGGAAGAAAAGGCAAAGCUUAAAGGAAAAAACAGCAGCCAGGCAACCCAGAGCUACUCCCCUGGUGCAGUUCCCAUAACCUCUUGUUUGCUGCUGGGCCGUUUGAGCAGUGACAGUAAAAGGAGAACACAUCUAGUCUGUUGUCUUUGUGGCAGGUCUGCCAAUGCAAUGGAUCUGGGUGAUUUGCACGGACCGUAUUACCCUGAGGGUUUCAAACCUUUGGGAAAAACGCAUGCAAAUGUGCAGGUUUUGAAAGACAAUGACAGCGAUUCUGAUUCAUCAUGUAGUGUCAAAGAAAGAAAACACAGUCAGACUGUCACAGCAGGAGAGUCUCCUAGCAGGCCUUCGCAACACAGCCGCACGUCGACGAAGGAAGCCUGUUUGAUUGGGCAGAGGCGAAGGUGGAGUAGUGAUGGAAGUAGCACCAGGACUCCUGUUCCUAAGAAGCCAAAGCCCGACCCAACCGCAGAUGAUUGGUACAGCCCCCCCGUAGUCCCGCUGGACAGUAGUGAAUAUUGGAUUCAUGAAGACUGUGCAAUAUGGUGCGCUGGGGUAUACCUAGUGAAAGGAAAACUGUAUGGGUUAGAAGAGGCAACAAAGCUUGCACAAGAAACGGUAUGUUCCACUUGCCAUACAACUGGUGCCACAUUAGGCUGCUAUUUCAAAGGGUGCCCGAAUAAAUAUCACUAUAUUUGUGCUAUUCAGUCAGAUUGUGUUCUAAGUGAAGACAACUUUUCAAUGAGAUGUACCAAGCACAAGAACAAAUCUUUUAAAGGGUCUGCUGCAACCGGUAGAUUAGAAAGCAGGUGACAGAAAAAAACAAAGGGAGAAGGAGUAUUCCACCAUUGCAGUGAAAGAUUUUACUUCUGGUGACUUCACACCAACGGACAAAACUAUACUUCAAGAAUGUGAUUUUGGUUUGCUAAACCUUCAUUUUCAAUUUUUCUUCUACAGCUAGAGCCAAGUACAGUUCCUGGAAUUGGCUUUAUCUUUCAGAGAAUUAUCUUUGCUCCAUGGUUGACAACAAUAAAAAAAAAAAAAAUACAUCAAUUGAUUUUUAUGGAAGGGAGAUGCGCCUUGUAAAUAACUCACUAUAACUGGAUAUCCUUGCAGUAGUUGGGAAUCAGUUAUGCUAAAAUAAGCCAUGACAUUUGCCUUCACAAAUUAAUUAAAUUGAAGUUUAAUAGCAUUUGAUGACCACACGUAUUUCUACACCCCCCUCACCCCAACCACCCCCACCCCCGGUCACAGCCCAUACUAAAGUCAGGGAUGAAAUUUAGACUUUCUGGUUUAUAUAUUAUGACCUUUGCACUGCUCUAAAAUGAAACUGCAGCUACAAUACACUGGGUACACAUUGUCAGAUAUUUCUGUAGAGAAGUUAGGAGUCUUGGUACUCCCAUGUUGUCCUUACUGUCAUUUUUAUUGUUGUUUUUUGGUAAAUUGUUACUUCGCUCAUAAUCAAGGUCUCCCAUUAGUUUCAGCAGGUUGCAGUUUAAAAAAAAAAAAAUUUUAAUCUAAGUCCAUUCCUUGUGAUCUGCGAGUAAUGCAGAACAUUUUGUAUUGUUUAUAAUAAUAAAUGUUAUUUAUUUUUAUUUUCAUAUGUGGUCUAUUUUAUCUUAAUUUAAAAGAAAAAUAUUUUAUAGUGUUGUAGCGAUAGCCAGGGCACAUGUUAAUUUAAAUUUUGUGUUUAACCAAAAUGUGAAACCAUUGAAAUUUACCCAUUGAAAUCUCAUUACAAAGGGGGUCCUGGAAGAUUUCAGUAUGCAGUAAACUGUUAAAAUAACAUGGUACAAAAACAGUCUUGAGAAGAAUGCUCUACAAAUUCAGUUUUAGCAAUCCAUGAUAUGAACUCUUUGUAAACCAUGUAUGCAGACAAUGGCUCUUAUUUUCAGCAAGUUGUUCCAAGGAUUCCUUUAAUGAGCUUGUAGACCAAACCACACCUCUUCGACAUGUUCAUAUUUGCUGCCCUCUUGUCACAGUACCUGCUUGUAGACAGACUAUAGAAAAUUAAACACAGGGUGGUCUAGAAGGUGUGGUCUGUACUCUCCCAACUGCGUGGAAGGAAAAAGAUAAAAAAUCAGUUUCUGCCCUGGUUAUUGGUACGAAAUCAUAACAUACAUAUCCCCUCAAACUACCAAGACUGCACUAUCUACAACUUCUAAAACAUUUAUCUUUAAAAAUGAACUCCGAUCAAGGGGUUUAAACAUUUCUUCUAGUGUUACUGAAGAUAAAAUAAACCACACAAGGAAAUGGACACAGGAGUUUAUUAUACAAUGUUCUGUAUCUCUUUAAAUCGAAAGUGUAACAGAUGAUCUUUGUUACCUUAGCCCUGUGAAACCACAACACUCCGCUUGAGUAAGAAACGCUAUCCAAAUCUCAAAAUAUUAAUUUAAACCUUGCAAUCUUUAUCAUUUGUACUAAUUAAUAUACUUCCAGUUACAAAUUAGAGAGCCGUUUACAUUGUUUCAAUCUGCUUGAUCACAAACAGCAAGGAAUCACAUGUUCUAGAGGAGAGAAAAUCUGGCACAAGCUGUAUUAACAAAUGUGUAUCAUUUAUAACAUGUAAUGCUUAACACUGCAAAAGUUAAGUUAGUUGUAAUCCUUUACUGCAGGGUGAAGUUUGGUUUUAAAAAUGUAUGCUUAAAAUUUGAAUUGUGAAAAGGUGGUAUGUUUUUAUUUAUUUACUAUUGCUGAACGGGUUAGUUUAGUCUUUUUAUACCUGAAGAAAUGUGUAUACACCCCCCCCCCCCCCCGGGUAAAAUGUGUUUUGAGUUUGGGGUUGGUAUGAUGUAGUGGUUAACUUUCUUAUGACUGAAGUCCACUUCACAAAAUCUACCAUAACUGACUUAUUUGUUACACAUCCUGUAGACAGGUGAAUUAAUAGCAUUGGGGGUGAAAAUGCUUAGUUCUUUUAGGGCUUGGACACAUUUACUUUUUGGGGUAAGGUGGUUGACCCAUAUAUGGUCAAUGGAAAGACGUUAAAGAUGUUUUUUUGUUUUGUUUUGUUUUUACAAUCCUACAAAAGCCAUGCAAAUCUAAUUCAUCUUUAUCUUGUUUUUUAUUAAGUACAAUUUCACAUGUUGAUAUAGUUUCUCAACAUAUUGUACUGUGGCUGUGCAAGACCUCAUCCUAAGUGAGUGGAAAUGACUGGGUGGCUAAUGCAUUAUAUUUAUUGUAAUCAGAAUUAAAAUAUUAAAAUAAAGAAUAUAAUUGGCAGAAUUAAAUACUAGCAAAAAAAAAUAAAAAAAUAAAAAAUGCAAACAGCUGGUUGGCCUACAGAUGCUAAGGUCUAAAUUAAUAAAUACAGGGUUGGGUCUAAAUACUUCUGUAGGUCCGAUUAUUCAAAUAGGGAUAGUCUCUUCCUGUAUUUUUGCAUAAAAACAAAAAUACACUGAAGAACCUUUGUUAAUGAUAUUAAAUGACUGUGUUAUAAUUAUCCGGCCCUGUUGUAUUAUAGCAGUUGCUGUGCGUGGUUUGGUAUUACUGAAAAUGGUCCAAAUAGACACAUUUGUUGGCUGCACAUUUUUGUUCCAAAGCAAGAAUUUAAGGAUGGAAAAAUAGUAGCAUCAGCAAUUACAAGUAAAUCUCAAAAUAGCUGUGUUUUUUUUUGGUUUUGUUUUUUUUUUUUUUUUUUUAGCAUUCAUAUCAUUCAAUAUUAAAUGUGAUACACCCAGACCUAUAGUAGGUGGUGGUUUACCUGGGGCAACUGACUGCGAGGGUAUCCAGAAUUACAGAAUUAGUGCUUUUUGUUGCUGAAUUUGCCCAGUUCAUAUGUUUAUACGCCUGUUCCUUUGGGGCUUUUGGCACAACAUCUCUAUUAUACACCAAUCAAAUCUGACUGGAACAUUUAGCACCUAUAGUUUACUUACAUUCUAAGGCAAUGUAAAUGUGAAGCUGUUUUACCAUAUAAAAUAUAUAUUUUCAAUUUUAUAAAUCAGCUGUUGAUUGAAAGUGAGAUUUAUUUAUUUGUUUGCCAUAAUUAGUGUUUAUUUCUUAAUGUUAAUUUUUUAUUUGAGAUUUCAUGGCAUAUGUAUGUGCAAUGUUUGCCUUAAUCUGUUACAGAUGAUUGGCACUUGGAAAUGUUUCCUUUUGAGAAGGUUUUCAAUAAUAAAAAGUGCAUUUACUUUGUCACCAUGUGUGUGUCAUGGAAAUUUAAAUCUAGAUUUUGUUUUAGAAGAAUAUAUUGUGUAUGUACAUAAUUUUUAUGAUUAAUUUUGAAUUAUAUCUAAUUUAUAAAAAUCACAAGCAAGACUUGUUGGAUAAGAAUAAUCCUGCAUUUCUGUUUUACUUUGGAUGGUCCACUUCCUUUUUUAAAAGCAACAUUUUGGUUUUGUAGAAUUAAUGCUCAUAUGAAGUGUUCAGACAAAUCUAGAGAAUUUCUACAGUAACCAGCAGGAUUGUAUGAACUGUUGACCAAUGAAUCCUUAACUUAAAAUAGAUGCCAAGAAUUAGGUGAAUUUAAGCCAUGGUAAGGUUACCAUAGCAAUAACAAUAAGGAGUCGGUAUUUGUAUUCUCCCGCCAGUCCUGUUCUAUUGCAUAAUGGACUACAGUAAAGGGAUCAUUCCACAAUAUUUGUCUUUCCAGUGAUGGAUGUUAAACAUGCAUGAUAACAGUUUUGUGUGUUUGUUAAAAACAAGUUUUGUUUUCGUUGGUUUUUUCACCCAAAACCAGUGUAAUCUGGUAUUUAAAAAAACCUGCUUCCAGUUUUGUCAUGAUGCGAUUAUGAACUAUUAAGAGUAGGUUCCUUGCUUAUGGUGCAGAAUAAUGCCUUCUUAAAUGUAUCUUCCCUUACAGGCAGGCAGCUUUUUUUUUUUUUUUUUUUUUUUUUUUUUUUUGUUAAAGGGAAAAUAUUAAAUGUUUAGGGUGAGUAGAAAAUGUGACAUUCACUGCAGUGGAUAACAUCAGGGAAUUAGUGGGUCAAAGGGAUGGGUAAGAUUUGAGGAAACUGCCCUACUUUAGGCCUUUAAUCAUGAAGACAGUACCCGCCUUUUAGAGAAAUGGAGGAGGGGGUGUGUACAUAUGUUCAUUUUCUCAUGGUUUAUUUUUAACUGCAUUCCUUUUUAAGAGAGACAUUCUCAUUAGAUAGUACAAUAACACUGUAAUGUAUGGGAUUCUAAUUUAAAUGUAAAAAGCAUUGGUAACUUUUUAUUAUUGUAGUUGUGUAUAAUUGAAACCACUUGGAAGGUUGUUCAACGCAUUGCAUUAUAAAAAGCUUUUUUUAUGAUUAUUUUAUUAUUAUACUGUAAAAUAAAGUGUUUGUUUAUCCA